CAGAGGCAACCAAUCAAAACGGUAUCUGCUCCUCCGCCCGCUCCAGCCCUUAGGGGAUCUCGCGUGCUUCCAAAUAUAAACAUUUCAAUACUUUGCAUUUAAUUCAUUUCUGUCGUUCACUUCGCGUGCAGUUUGUGAUAUCAUCUGUGGCGAUGUAGCCUUCGCAUUCAAAGGAAAACAGCAGACGACGAGGUCGACGGUGGUUCGCUCCUUCGGCGUGAUGUCGACGACGCCUUGAAAUCAAGGCCAUGAUGUUUUGGCUUCAGUGGAUGUUGUCGAAGGUGGUGGUGGUGUGCCUGCUGUGGCUGGUGGUGCUGGGUGGGCACGGCAUGCAUGCUGGCUGCCCGCACUGCGCCACAGUGCGCUCCUUGGGUCCUCCGCCGUCGGCCAUUCUGGAGAUGCCGCCCCCGCCACGCCUUCCGUCGUUCCCCAGUUGGGCCGGUCCCGUGUGUGGUGGCAACCGCAGCCGCCUCUGCCACCCCGUCCACCAUCGUGUGAGCACAUUAAACGGCUCUGCAGAGUCCUCCGGCUGGUGGCUCGUGGGGCCUAGCUCGGGUGGCGAAGGAGACAAGGCGUGGCCCCUGGCCGUAGUGUUGGUGGCUGGCUCGGCCACAGUGCUUGGUUCCGUCGUGCUGCUGGUUCUGUCCAAGAAAAAGCGGUGGCAGCCAGGCCGUUCCUCUCCAGGCCAUCAUGCCGGCUUGCCUGCAGCUCUGCUGCCUUCCAAGGGCAUCCUGGUGGGUGCCUCCCUGCCGGCUGCAGGAGCCUACGACAACUCGGCCUUCGCGGAAAACGUCGCCGUCACGGGCGGCGGCCCACCACGCGCGUCCCUGCUACGCCAGCUGCAACCGCCGUCUCUCGGGGGCUACCGGCAGCUACCUCACCACCACGGGCCGCCUCAGUGAAUGGGUGUUGGUGAACCCAUAAUACCUCGCAUGACCUACUUGGUCACAGUUUGUUCUGGUGUUUCCGUAAUCAGCCGCUUUUGAGGUGGUUCUGCUCUUGGAUUCACCAAAAUCGGGGUGUAAAUGAGGGCAACGUGGAAGGACAGGGGUCUUGUAACUACGCCAGUAUUUGAUUCCCGGUUAGUGCUGCGUUGCUGAGAUCCUGCUUAAGAUCUUCAGCUCUCAUCCGCAUUGCCGUUUCAAAGAACAGCUCCUCAGUACUCCAUUGUUAGGCACCACUAAGCAUUGAUCAAGAGGGCAAAAGUGCUCUUAUGUGGAAAAAUCUAGCCACCCCUGAUUGAGUCUAACGGUGUAAUAUCCGGUGGUUUUUAAUAGGGGAGGGCAUUUUGUUAGUCUGAAAGUGGCACACACAGCUGCCCACACUGGAGAAUUGGCUGCUUGCGAUUACACGAGGCCAUGUGCUUGCGCAUUCAGGUUAGGGUGCUAGUUGCGGUGUCCCAAUGUGGAAAGGAACACAGUCUGAGUUCCAUACCUUUCUGUUACAACAAAGAAUCUCUACAUGGCGGCUUUUGGUGCCAUUUUGCUUGCCAUCACAGCAGAUGUGAAGCGAAAGAAAAGCGGCUAAUGAGAAUAGCUCAACAGACAGCGAAGUUGCCAAGACCAACUGCAGUAAACUUUGGCACAAUUGGUUAUGAAGGAAUAGUGCAUGCUAUAUUGCUGCAAUCUUGGCAAAGCUCCAGGACUGGCAUUCGUCUCUAACUCAUUAAGGGUAGAAUGUUUUCGCAAAAGCCAUGCCUCCAUGGUAAAUGUCUUUUAUUGCAGUUUCCAGUAGUAAGAAACGAUGGAUAAACAAGCAGAGUUAUGCGCCCCAGUGAGAAGAAACGCAAUUUCAAAUGACUUUGGGCGGCACCAUAGAGUAGACAGCACCUCUCAACAACCUGGGGUGCCGAAUAUGCGUGAAAUAGGGAACAUAAGAUUGGUGCCGUACAUGUCUGUCAAAAACCAUGCGGGACGAAUCAACGGCGCCGUAUGGCAAAAGCCCUCAAAUGGUUGACAGCCUCUACAUAGCACCUAAGCAGACAAUCUGGCGGUUGUGACACCAGUCAAGCACUUCAUUUCUGAGAUUUUUGGUGUGUUGCAGGGGGGCACCGCCUAAUCUCGAAGGUCGUGGUGAAGAGCUGUGCUGCUACUCAACGUUCUGGGUUGUGCACCACUUCUGGCCAGCGAUAGUGGUGGAUUUUUAAGUUUUGGUAUGAAAAAAUUCUAUUUUUGCAUUUUGCAGACUUUGUUGUAAUGCAUCUACUCGUAUGUCAAACGUUUGCACGGAGUCUGCUCUAUAUCUACAGUUAGGCUUUUUCCACUUUUCGUUGCAAUUGGCUUGUAAGUCUCAUUGGCAGCAGUAUGUCUACAUUGCACUCUCAUGUGCACCUCUUCACAGAUGACCUUGUGUACCGACGGUCUUCUGGACACUUUCAGAGCUACUGACUGAAGUGGGUUCACUAUGUGCCAAGUUUGCUUGAGUAACUAGGAAUACUUUCUGCCUGUUACCAGAAGAGUCUCACGUACACAGGUAGUCGGGGUACGUGGCACUAUUGAUGUGUCAGGUGCAAUAGAUGAAUUGGUUAUUUACAUCAAUUGCUAGAUAAGCACGAGUUAAUCAGAUAACCAAUCACAAGCAAGGCCUUAGAGUUUGUCGGGCUUUUUUUGUAGCCUUCGCCUUUUGAAGACAUUAUGGCACAUUUCCUAAGUGGUGUACUCAGCAGGAAAAAUGGCAUUGUUGACUUGAGACAAUUCAAGCUCACAUGGUGCAGAAUCCCCAUUAAAUCAAGUAAAUGUCGAAAAUUUUGGUUAGCCCACUACAUCUUCAAAGCAGUGUGGGGCUAAAUUUUAAGGAGACUGAAUUGAUCAGGCUACCCAGGAAAACAAUGCACUGGCUGGUCAAAAGAAAUUCAUGAGACGAGGAUGCUCAAAAUUUUCACUACUUGGGGCUGGGCUAGUUGGUUCAAGCUCUUAUCAAUGUUUAGGGUGCCAUCUACAAUGGGGAAAAAGUCGGGCACAGAAAAAAGUGCCCUUUAUUGUUCACGUCAUAAAUAUCAAUAAAAGAAUGUUGGAUCUUCAUGCUUCUGUGCACCUGUGGACAGGUGCCACUAUGACGUGGCAACACUGUGCUGGUCAACGAGAGCAUGACUGAAUUGUAUAUUUCUUUGCUACGCAUUCUGACCACAUAUCUAUUAGAAUACGACUGAGUGUGUGUGAUAGCCCGUAAUUCUUCAGGCCACAUUUGGACAACUUAAGUUUUAGAAAAAAAAAAAAACAUUUAUUCUUUGAGAUAUGGUUCAUCUUGAAACUGCAGCGCGCACACAAGAAAUGAGGACAAUAAGACAAAGGUAACAUACAUGUAAUGUCAUGUGCUUAUUUUGAAUAUGCAGUGCAUUUUUGUUUAUCUCCUCUGGUUCUAAUUUUAUGCAAGCUUCCUUGAAAUAACUUUUGCAAUGAUUUGCAAAAUAUCAAUUCCUGAAAUUUCGCUAAAUAGGGUAUCAGUGGCUUCUCUAUGAUUCAAGGAAUGCAAAAAGGCCAGCCUUAUUGUCUGCCUUACCUAGAACAAAAGUUGCGAGACUUGAAACUUAGUCACCAGGAAAACACUUUUUUGAGUUCCGAAUUCAAUACCUCGCAACUCAUUUUUUGUAAGGUUGGUCUUAUUGCAUUCCUUGAAUCAUACAGAAGCCAUUGAUACCCUAUUUAGUGAAAUCUAAGGAACCAAUAUUUUGCUAAUCUUUGCAGAAGAUAAUUAAAGGAAGCUUGCAUAAAAUUUGAAACAAAGGACAUAAACGAAAACAGACCUUAUAUUCAAAAUGCACUUAACAUUACAUGUACGUACAAGUUUUCAGCACUAUACCUUAAAGAAUAAAUAUGAUAAAAAUUUUUGGUCUAAGACCCACAUGUCCCCUUAAUCUUUCUAUAAUUCCAACAUGUGUGACUCCUAAAAGUAUUUAAUUAAUGCCACUUGACUGGCUGUAUUGUCUUCGGACAGGAAUCGGUGAGCAUUUUUGCAUGUCAAGGUCAGUUGUGAGAAACUGUCACAUCUGACUGGCAUGAAAGUUUACUAGUAUUUUAAAGGAUUCUGUACUCUCUGGAGCUUGCUUUAGCUUUUGGCAUUUAAGUGUAUCAAGAAAAGCUUCAAGUGUGGUUUGUGGAUGUGACCGUUUUCUCGGGACGGUUAAUUGCUAUAAACUCCUUUCUGUUUGCACCAAAAGUGAUGCUGUUAAGGUUUGUGUAAUUAACAUAUGUUGGCUGGAAUAGUUGUCGCCCACUAAGUUCCUUAUUCCCUAGUCAAAUGUUGAAUACUUAAAAGGGUACUGAUGCAAAAAUUUUCUAUCCCGCUGUUAUGCUUUAUCAGAUAACUGUCGACCCCGUAACUACACUGUCAUGCCAGAAUUCCUUGAGUGCACAAAAAAUCACCAAUUAUAUCCUCUUUUAAGGAGACCAUUUCAAAAUGUGCACCAAAUGGAAUACGGCUUUUUUGUGUAGGGUUUGUUUACAAGGUCACAAAAAAUGGAGGUGAUGGUCACAAAUGACUGACACAUGCACCGGUCAGCAUGGUCCAGAGGUUGUAAGCCACUCAACGUGUCUUGCAUAAAUCAUUCUUUGCUGUUUCACUUCUGUGGAUUAUUCCAUAAGGAAUAACGAACUUGGUUAGCUGCUUCUGUUCGUUGUCCUCUAAAGCAAGGCGACCACAAUGCGGCUUUGACUAGUGCACUGGCCCAUGCAUCUAUAUAGAUGCCUUGUAAACAAACCCUACGCUAAGAACUUGGGCAAUCUUGAAUUUGUCUCAUUAGGAGGCGGUAUAGUUUGAUUUGUUGCACGUUUGAGAAUUGAGGUGUCGUACUGUAAUUGAGUCAUUCGGUAAGUUGGAAUCGGCUGGCACAAGACAGGGUUAAUUGGAGAUUGCAGGGAGAGGCCUUCGUCCUGCAGUGGACAUAAAUAUAGGCUGAUGAUGAUGAUAGUGUGAUUGAGUCGGCAGCUGUGUAACAGAGCAAAAAAAGCGAGACAGAAACUUGUGUCAGUUUUUUAAAUGUUUCAGGGAGGUCUGGCACCUGUCAAUUUUUACUGUUGACUUUGCAGGAUUACUCUUAAAUCAAAUCUUAUUGAGGUGAUGAUGUUGCUAUUUAUCGAGGGCAUUAUGAUGAAAAGAAAAUUCUUUGGGCUGAUGCUGGUACUGGCAACAUUGAUGGGAUGUAUGUCACGAGCCCUCUGUGAGAUAAUUUUAAUGUACAUCACUACCACUGCAUUCUUUGUUUUCAACUAUGUUUUAUCAUUAGUGUCAUACGAUGAGCAGUGAUGUUUUUAGCUUUAUAAACUCCAAUGAAUCUUGUUUUUCUUGCCUGCAGAGGUAACCUGCAAUUUGUGCCUCACGGUUUGGGUAGCCAUCUUUGUUCUGACCUAAAACCAGCAGCUGAUAUGUUAUCAGCUGUAGACAAGGCUUUGCUACCAGCAAGCGGCAAAAUGUGUCGUUUGCUUGCACAGCAUCCAGUAGCAACUUCUGCAGUCUGUUUCAAAAUGGAGAUGUCAUAAGAUGCCUGUCUUGUGUUUUUGUGCUUGUGUUGUUUUACUUUGUGGCUUUUAUCGGCAAACUUAUCUAUUUGCUUCGUGUACAUGUUUGAUGAGUGUGCUUUACUGCGUGUUAUUGCGUUAGCCUCCGAGAAAAUAAUUUUUUUUUGCUCUGAUACCUUCUUGUUAAUCAUUGCUGUAUAACUCUGUAAAAGAUUGUAUUUGAAGAGAGAGAGAGAGAGACAAAACAACUUUGCUGCAGCCUUAAUUUUUUCUGAGCUGGUACUGCAUCUGUAUUUGAAGUUACAAGGCAACCCAAUUACUCGAGACUCUUGAAACCGUGCUUAACACUCGGCAGACAACAUGCUGACGAGCAGGAACGCACAGUGUUGGGGAUGUGUUGCAUGAUCGUGCUUCCGGUUGACUAAUGCUAGUUGUAUGUAGCUUCUAUGGCAGUGCAAGCAGAGAUUCCUCUUUUUUGUGGAUCGUGCUAUUGCAAUCCUGUACCAAGCCUUCUCCUGUGUUCACCAGCGUGGUCCUCUGUGUAGAAAUCCCCAUACAUGGGCCAUGACUUUUUCUCAAGUUACUCGCUAAUUCUAAGUCUUAACAUCGUAAGUUACCUUCAAGAGACGUACUUUCAUUACUCGUGGCGUUUUGUUUGUAUGAGAUGCAUCGUUGAAAUUGUUGGAUCUCUCGCGUGUUUUAACCUCCCAUCUUGGAUGUCUCUAGUCUUUAUCUCACCCCAGGUAGGUCACUCGCUUUUUUUUUAUCAGUAUCAGGAUGUGCAUUCGCAAUGGGAAACUGCCAGCCAACUUGGCUUCUUCAAUUUUGCCUGAGUUUCAAGACGUCUCAUGAUCUCCUCUCUAGAGUCGUGAAAUACUCGUAGCAGGUAUCGGCGAACUUUAAAAAAUGUUGGAUGGUUGUGCGAACUGCCAGCAGCACCCGCAGUGGUUGCUCAGUGGCUAUGGUGUUCGACUGCUGAGCACGAGGUCGCGGGAUCGAAUCCCGGCCACGGCGGCCGCAUUUCGAUGGGGGCGAAACUGCGAUAACACCCGUGUACUUAGAUUUAGGUGCACGUUAAAGAACCCCAGGUGGUCCAAAUUUCCAGAGUCCCCCACUACGGCGUGCCGCAUAAUCAGAUCAUGGUUUUAGCACGUAAAACCCCAUAAUAUAAUUUAAACUGCCAGCAGCACGGUUAUUUGUAAGUUUGUUACCUGGGGGGAUUUAUACACCCCAUGGGAAAACUUGGAUGUCUGUGUUUCUUUCUUCCUAUUUAAGAAUGUGAGCUCGACUUUGAAGCUGUGCAGCUCUUGUGCAAUAACGUUGCUCACAUAGUUUGCAUUCUUAUUUUUAGUCGGGUAUUGCUUCUUAUGGUGUACUAAAGGUCUGCUAGUCAUGCUAUUGUGCAGGUGAAUAUUGAUCUCUACGUAUUCCUUGAUUUUGUUUUAUAACCCUCUUGGUAGUAUAAGCUCACCAGUUGUCUUUUAGCUUGGAACAACCACGUCUGGUCAGAACCCUUUUUCUUUUAAAGUUCUUUUGCGUGAUUUGGAGCAGUGUUGGCCUGUUUACUUUGUUGCUCACUUAGUGCAGUAUGAAAGUGCACAAAGAUUGAAGAUUUCUGCCAGGUCAGAACACUGCCCGACACUGUGACCAUGUAUUGCUGGAUGCCAUGUGUAACCUGACCUGGUUACAACUGCUAAAGUGUAAUUGACUGCUGAUAAUAAAUCGAGUACUUCAUUUCAGCAUGACAGAAAAUUAAGCUAGGCCAGUUUUAUUUUAUUGAAUGCAUAGAGUUUCUCACUGUAUUACCUAGAGGGAAAUCCGGCACUGUUGUGCUGUUGUAUGCAUGGGAAUACUGAUAUAUGGUAACUUCGGAUUGGCAUUGUUCUCAGAGAGUCGGGACACCUUGAAGACGUGCCUGGCUAGCACCGUUCCGUCUAUCACAAUGAUUGUUUUCCUUAAAACAGCACGUAAAAAGCUGUUUUAACGUAUUCCUUGAUUUUGUUUUAUAACCCUCCUGGUGGUAUAAGCUCACCAGUUGUCUUUUAGCUUGGACAAGAACAUGUUUGUUUAAUUAUGAGGACUUGUGUUUGGAUGUACAAUUAUAUGAAACGUAAAAAGUAUCAGCGGGCCGCUAAAAUUGGAGGACAGACAAGAUUCGCGCUUGCUUUGGAGCAGUUUGUCGUCUGUUCCUGCUUUUCCUUGCUUUAUGCAUUGUAGGUGAGUAAACUUCAUUGAAAGAUGUAAUAUGAGAGAAUGGAAACAUUUUAUGAAGAUUUCAUUUUAAGAACGCAUUAUCUGUGCAGCCAUAUCCACGUUAUAGACGAAGCCUCGUACAACACCAGCCAACACAAGCCUCGCACACCCAUAUACCGUCAUUCCCAUGAUGGCACAGUGCUCAUUAGAAAGCUCCCUUCGACGGUAGCGCCAGAUUUCUGUCUGGCAAUAUAGUGAGAAACUGUAUGAUUGAAUGUUUGUACUUGAGAAUUGGCUGAUGCUACGUCAUCUUGGUGAGGGCUUGUCAAAUUGUUUUCAAAUUUAAUCAAGCUCGUAAACUUAAAGCAUGAAGGAAAAACGGUGAUGACAAGAUAGACACGGUCAAGUUUACUAGUUAUGGAAGACCAACUAGCCUGCUCUUGCCUAAUUAAGCUGGCACAGCGUACUGUUCGCACCCUUUCUGCACAGGCCUCUUGCUCAAAAGAGACACAAAUGAGCUCUCUGGCACGUAAAGGAACCUGUUCAUUGCUGGUUUUGAACUGCAGAAAAAUGUGUGCAGCCCUUUGAGUCACAGUUUUCUCCGCAACUAAAUGAGAUCUUGACCUACAACGAGGAGGCCAUUCUAGAUUAAUCCUUAUGGUGCAUUCCUACAGUGUUCCGACCCCUCUCAAGCAUGGAGCUAGAGAAAGCCUGGCCGAGCCGGAUGUUCAGCUGCUCCCAGAGUGGCAUUUUGUACGACCUCAACGGGAAAGGCUCUUGUUUCACACUUAGCAGGCAAUGCUGUGCAUGGGUUCAUUCAAGUCUCCGUGGGAAUCGCAGUGCAGUUUGUGACCCGUGGCACUACAGAAUAACUAUGUACUUCCACAAGUUGUACGUCCACACGUCCACAAGUUGUAUCACAGCUACAACUUGUGGACGUAAGGUUACGUCGAACAUGUUUUUUGGUGCACCAUUGUGUGCUGCAUCCAGUAGGUGACGUACAGUAUAGACCACUUAUAACGUAACCGCUUAUAGUGCAGGACCGGAUAUAGUACGGUCUAUUCAGACUCCCGUUAAUUUUCCUAUAGCACUCCAUGUAUAUGCAUACCGCUUGCAGUGCAGCCGCGCGAGACGAAAUACCGGUUAUAAUGCGGCUUCCGCGGAGAAAUCUCGCCGACAAGGGCGGUAGCGAGCACGCUUCUCAACGAGGUGCGCCCACCGAUGGGAGAGGAGAUCAACGAGGGCAAUGCGGAGGAGGAGCACGAGAGGUGGAGCACGAGUCCAAGGGCGAUAAAAUCGUCGCCGCGUGCCGUAUGUGCGAGGGACGCUCGCCUUCCAUCGCGCGAAAGGUCUGGGGGUAUGGGAGGGAGGGUCACCAAAUGCGUAUCUUGCAACUGGGCGCAAGGGGAACUGGCGACGCAAUUUCCCCCGCGAAAGGAGCAAAGCGGGAAGGCAGCAUGGGAGGGAGGGAGGGCGGCUUCUACUCUGCCAACAAAUGUGUUCGCGCCUGUGCCGGCUGUCGGUGUUGUCGCGCGCACCGUAUCUUAAAAGCGAUCUCCACACGGCUCUGACCUCUGUAUGCGCUGUGCUUACGCCGCUCAGUUUCCGUUGAAGUGAUAGCGGCGGCCGCGUUUCCCCACGCCCCAGUUUUGACAGUGGUUGUCUGCGGUCAUCGAGUCUAUUCAUGUUUGCUUGUGCGUGUUGACACCAGGCUUGUUAAUUCAGUUAGUAAUCGAACGUGUCAAGUUUAUGCAGCCGAUAAGACUACUAUCCCUACUCCGAAUAGCUAUCUACUAAUUUGCUAUCGCAAUUGAUACUUCGCCUUUCGGGCGAAACUGAGACAUUAAAAAAAAAUUAUUACUUUGUCUGCUUCAUGCGGAGAUCGGGGUACCUUUCAAUGUUCGUAAAUUUAAACGGAUGCAAAACUACCAGUCGCACGCUUUGAUUCUCGGAUACGCGCGGCUGCUUGGUCUACAUGUUUUGCAUACGUGCAGGGCUUGAAAAUCAUUGUCUUGGUUAUAGUGCGGUACCGCUUAUAGUGCAGAUAUUGACGACUCUGGCGACUUACGUUAUAAGCGGUCUACACUGUACUAUGCUUUGGUUGUGAGCACAAGUGUUGCUCUGUGGGCACAGCUCCCAGAAACAUCUAACACCACAUGUUCGGUGACAGAUAGGUUUAGAUCUGCGACACCUUGUACGUGCCAUUUUGCAACACAAAAGUAUGAGACCACAUGGAAUUACACGACACAAACUUAGUACGCAAUGCCUUUUUUUCAUAUAUGACGCACUGUAUGCCAGUUGUGAACGUAAGCAGUGAGACAGCCUUUAUAGCAUUGCCUGCUGUGUAUGAAAUGGGGUACAGUUGCCGACCGAUAAUUCAUGCUCUACGGGGACCGCCAAGAAAGUCUGAAAAAUUCAGAGUCCGAAAUACCGGAUUCGCCUAAUGAUAAGUGACUUUUAUUUAACAAUUAGCCAAAAAAUGUGAGCCGUAUUCUUGGAUCGUCACUUUCGGGGAUACCUUCAAUUUCGCGUGACUAGUCAAGCUGCAUCGAUGUCUACGAGCGACUGCCAAGCACGCUGUCUUAUCACAGUGCAGGAACACUGGACAGUCAAUGUGUCCGGUGCUGGUCACGCGAAAUAUUGUAGAAAUAAAAGUAUCUUGGAAAGUUAUCAUCCAAGAAUACAGUUCAAGUUUGUUAACACGUUGCUGCGUGUAUAUACGCUUGCCUUUGGCCUAGGCAUUCCAUUGCCACGAUUUUCUUGCAAUGCCUUUUCACGCUUCGUCAAUGAUCAGAGCGAUGCUCGCCAACAGGAUCAGCCGGCCCUGAAUGGUGGAUGAUUAGAGUGGCAUAGAUUCAAGCAGAAAGAAUCUACUAAAUUGCAGCCCCCUGCCCGCAUAUUGUCAUGCUGUCGCUACAGUCAAUGCAUGCACUGGAUUCUCAUUGGCGACUAUUUGAUCAACUAGGCUAUGCUAGUUUCUGUUUCGAGAAGGCGCCGGCGAUGUAUCAAAAUGAAAAUAUACCUAUUUGUGCUCUACUCAGCCAACCUAGCACACGGUUGUGCAGUUGGAGUCCAAAUUAUCGCAUGGUGUGCUGUAUUUUUUCAAUUGUCUUUAUACAUUAAUAUGGGGCAUAUGGAGGUGCCAUGGAGCUGUCCAAAUUAUCGGUCGACAACUGCAUAGCACUGUGAGCUGUAGUGUGGUGCUCCGAAACGAGCCAGGCAAUUAUGUUCCAAGCUCUCAUCCAGCCAAAUGUUAAGUGAACCACAAGAGAUCUCUAAGGUGCUUGAAAUGGGCCAGUCUAAUGCACCAUUAGCAUUCCUUUAAGGCUUGACUUCCGAGUUUCUAACCCUUUCAGUGUUGAGUUUUUUAUGGAGGUUACGCACAUUCAGCGUCAUAUAUAUUCUUUUCUUGGAUAUUAUAAAACGAACGCAAUGCUUCAUUUUUGGUUAUAGCGGACGGGCAAAAAUGACAUGGCAAGGGCCCUCUUGGUCUGGUCCUCACAUUCCUAUCUGGCAUCAGAAAAAUGCACGUCAGUGGCACUGAUGCCAAGUAUGUUAUGCAUUUUGUAUGUGAAUAUGACUUCGCUGCGAGAUCAAAUGGGACAGUUGUUGUUGUAUCUUGGUUUCCUGUGUGAGCUUGUUCAUUUUGGUCAUCCUCAGUCAUUUUUGUUGCAAAAUUAUUUGUUGAUGUUGUUUAAGUGCUUUGCAUGACACUUGGAUGUGUUUUGCAUCUCGAUGUCUUUUUGCGCUUGGCAGCUUACACACAUAAAAUAAAAGUUGUACUGAAUGAUAGGAAGUUGUUCGAAACCUUGUAACAACACAUAGUGUCAACAAGGGACGUGUACUAUAUCCAUGCAGCUUUUACUUGUACUGCUACUACUGUAGCCUUACAUUUUGCAGAUGCAUUCGUGCUAUGCUAUGGUUUCUUUCUUCUUUUAACGAAUUUUAUUCAGUGCUGUUAUUUACAGAUGAACGCAUCAGACAUGUAUUGGACACUUCCUUGUUUACUGCUGCUUUCUGUUUUUCUCUAAUAAUCACACGUAACCCACACACACAUUGUAUGCACACAUUUCUCCUGUGCUCUUCACAUUGUGUGUAGUCUCUUCUCAAACGAUAGCACAGUCGUCUUUCUAUCACUUGCUAAAUAAACGUAUCUCUGCCA